AUGGGAUCCCACUGGACAUGUUGCACCCCCCGGCAGCACAAGGGGAUUGAGCGGUCUGACCUUUUCAGCGACAGUGAGUGGGACUCUCUCUACAGUCGCGCUGAGAAGCUCUUCAAGAAGAACGACGAUGCUUUUGACGAUUCUGUCCGCCAGAGGCUCGUCAGACGUGUCCUUACAGAGGCCUACCCCGAUCGUGAAAUGAAGAGCAUGCCGUUGGCCUGCAAACGCAAGGAAGGUAACAAAGAGUAUGUUGAGUGGUCUUGCACUGCUACUAUUCUUGGAGAACUGUCUACGCCAGAGUACUUUUACAAGGGCGGGGAACGACUGUUCGACAUCAGGCCCAACACCCAAUGCGAUAAGCUUGAAGUGGAUGCCCAGGGCAAGAUUCACUGGGCCGUGAUCAACGACCUUGAAAACAACAAAGAGUACUACAUCGAGGCCAAGAAGUACGUCGUCUGUGCCGGUGCCGUGCUUACUCCGGGUAUUUUGUAUAAGUCUGGAUUGGAGGGAAAGCUGCCUAAGCUGGGCCACUACCUGACUGAGCAGCCUAUGGCGAGGUCCCGUCAAACAUUGACCAACGCCUUGUUGUCGAUCUUCGCUGAUCAGUUUGGAAUGCCUCAGCCAAUCUUCAACUUUAUCUUGGAUGAGGAAGCGGAAGAGCGCUGCAAGCGGAUGAUUACAGACAUGAUCGAUGUUGCUAGAAAACUUGGUGGCUUCCUUCCUGGUGCUGAGCCCAAGUACCUCGCUCCUGGAUCUGCUCUCCAUAUCUGCGGUACAUACCGCGCGGGAAGCACUUCAGCUGAUAGUGUUGUCAAUAAGAACGGCAAGGCUUGGGGCGUUAAUGAUCUCGUGCUUGGAGGCUGCGAUGUCAUUCCCACUCAGAAUGCUUGCAACCCCACGCUCACUGCUGCUUGCUUUGCUCUCGCAGCUGCUGACAAGAUCAUUGAAGAACUCCAUGUUGACCAGUGA